CUGGGGUGCUUUGUGCGCCUUGACGUGCGGCGGGGGAGAAACAAGGACGGGAAGAGUAGGGAAAAUUAUUGUCACAGAGACAGAGGGGAAAAAAAGGAAUAAAAUAACAUGGAGGACCCGAUCAGCAGGAACCACGUUCCGCAGGACUGCUGGCUGGAACAUAGGGUGCAUCCGAUAUAGCUACGCACAGCCCAAAACGGCAGCCUGGAGUGUGUGAGCUUCUCUGCACGCCGAGUCCAUGGAGAGGUGUUUUUUUUUUCCCUCCCUGAACGCUCAGGUCACACCAAAGGAGGCUGCCACGAUAUCGACCUGCAUAUAUGUAGCAAAUGUAUUACUUGCAAAGGACUGCGCAGACGGGUGUAGUAAUCGAAUAUAUUUAGACCGAAUAUAUUGGGAAAAUGCAGACAGUACUCCAUAAAAUAUGAUCUCGAGUCUCUUUGUCGCCUUUUUCGUCUCUUCAGUCGGAACAAUAAACUUCGCGGGAACACGUCCCAGAUAUCCAGUUAUCGUGGAGGAACAGUGACCCUCGCGAUGGAUCUGCAGCCGUUGCUGGACUAGUCCUGGCCAGGCCUCAGCGACAACAGGCCAUUUGAUGAAACCGAGAAUUAGCGUCCACUGUGAUUCGCACUUCGGGACGGUAAGCGAGCAUCACAUUGGACGAACUGGUUGGGGGCACGUAUAUUGCUUUUGGAUCGUCAGAAUCAGCAACAACAUGGAGCUCAAGCAGCUUCUGAUACACGAGGCGACUGAUAGACGGAGUAGGUAUAUAUAUCUGCUUAUCGAACUUCCAGGCCGAAGGAUAGCAUCCGUACUCCAUAUUCAGUGCUCCAUCAGAGUCGAUAGCUGGCUUAUAUAUGUGUGUCUUUGCUGUGCACUUCUGUACUCCCUGCCGCUGCUGCAAGCCCUGGCGCUGUGAUACCUCGCCAUAAGGCUGACGCCCGUUCCAACUGACUCCUCAUCGUCACCACCGCCGUCACUCUCCCUGUUUCCCUCCUCCCGUCUCGUCGUCGCGCUCUCUCACCAUCUCUGUCUGUAUCGUCGUCCCAGCUUGAUAUCUUCAAGGUCAAAAUAACCUGAGGUCGCCACGCGCGCUUCGGCAAAACGAAGUUCCGGCGCCGGCCUGUCCGCCUUUUCCAUUUCCAUCCUUUUUUUUUUUUUUUGCCUUUUUUGCUCCCGCAUCUCGACUUUAUCUUGAAAGGGAAAAACCAUCGCCGAACUUUCUCGCCCUCAACUCAACCUCCGUCCAAGCCGUGACCAAGAACGCCCGCCAGCAAGCCACCCGUCCAGCUUCUUACGCACAAGAAGACGACGACGACGACGAAACCUGCCGCAGAUUCCGUGUUUUGCUACGUCUAAUGUCUGCCGACACUCCUUAGGGCCCUUCUCUACCCGCAAGUCGGUCUGCAGCUUUGCCCCUGCUCAACUUGAGUCCCUUUAUCUCGCUGAGCCUUCCACCACCACCACCACCCCUCCUCCCUGCUCUCUCGCCGCCAGAUAGGUGCGUAACAUAUACACAGCCCGGCAGGAAUCAAUCUACGACCAUCCUGCGGUCUACCAGCGCUCGCUCGUUUGCGGAUCGCC